UCGAAUAAUCCCAAAGCGAAACGAACGCCCGUUUUUGCCGCCAAACCAAAUCAAUGAAAGCGGAAUCAUCGUGAAUUCGUAGCCCUAAUCACAAAACCGUAACGGCGGCCGCUGUGUUUAGAAUGGAGUUGCCACUGUGCUCUGCGUAGAGGCAGCACAACAGAUGGAGAGGAGAGUGAGUUCCACAGAGCAAAAUGGAAUGCGACGAGGAAACCAAAGGAAAAGGAAAGAAGAAGCGCAUGAAACAGGGAAAGCUACACGUAACCUCCCAUACUACAAAACCCGGCAAACUCCUUUCCUCCCCGAUCCCUUCCCUUCCUUUCCUUGCAUUCUUCCGCCACGCGCGGCAGCGGCACACACACCAUGGCGUCCACGCCACGGACGCCGGCUCCGGUGAGGUCGCCGCCGCCCGUGCCUACUCCUACUCAUCCUACUCCUCCUCCUCCGCCUCUGGAGACGCCGCAGCCGCCGCUGCCCGUGUCAACUCCUCCUCCGGCUCUGGAGACGCCCCCGCCGCGGCGCGUGCGCACUCCUCCGCCGCCUCUGGAGACGCCCCCGCCGCCGUCGCCGUCAUCGUCACAGCCGGGGGACGAGUACCACACGCCGGCGCCGUCUCUGGCGGACGGGUCGCCGCGGGAGGAGGAGGCCAGCUUCCCCAGCGACGGGAGGGAAGGAGGAGGAGCGCCAGCGCCGCCCAAGAGCCCGCAGCUCUCGCCCAUGCGCCUCGCCGCGCCACGCCUCCUGCUGCCGCCGCCCAGCCCCCGCACCCCCACCGGGCAAAACGGGCAGGAAGAACAAGAAGGGGGCGCUAAGGCCGCGGCGGCGGGAGCGGGAACGGGAACGGGAACGGCGGCGCCGGCACGCCAGCAGCUCCGCCUGACGGGCCUCGCCCGGUCGCCGUCGUCGCAGAGGUCGCUCGCCACCACCAACUCCUCCCCUUCUCCGUCUCCCUCGCCGACGCCGCCGUCACCGCUGACUCCCGCGGCCGCGCCCGUGGUCAACAACAACAGCAACAACAAGAACAACAGGAGCGGCCAGAGCACGCCCAAGCGCGCGGCAGAGACGAAGCUGCCGCUGUCGUCGCCGGCUGCCACGGCUACGAUCGCGGUGCAGCACUUCAACCCGGUCGAGGAGGCCGUCACGUCGCCGCUGCACCUCGGCAUCGGCAAGGCGCAGCGGCUCGACCACCACCAGCACCAGCACCAGCAGCGUCAGGAGCAGCACGCGGCGGCGGCGGCGGUGGAGAACGGGGGAUCCGUGCCCCCCGAUGUGGCGGCCGCGGUCGCGGUCGGCGAGCGGAGGGAGCUGUCGGUCACGCUGCGCCUGGCCACGGCGGUGCUCAGCCUCGCGGCCUUCUCGGUGAUCGCCAGCGCCCGCACGUCCGGAUGGGCCGGCGACUACUACGCCCACCACCUGCAGUACAGGUACGCCGUGGCGGUGAACGUGAUCGUGUGCGCCUACUCGAUCGCGCAAUCGUUCGGCGAAAUCCGGCGCCUGAUCUCACCAAGGUUUAUAUUCCGGAGCAUGUCGAGCUACUACUGCAGCCUGUUCCUGGACCAGGCUCUGGCGUAUCUGCUCAUGUCGGCGUCGUCGGCGGCGGCGUCGCGCAACGACCUGUGGGUGUCCAGGUUCGGCACGGACGCCUUCAACAGGAAGAUCACCAGCGCCCUGUGGCUGUCCUUCAUUGCGUUCCUGAUGCUCGCUCUCAACGCGCUCAUCUCCACGGCUAAUCUCUUCAGCAUGCUCUGAGCCUGACACGCUUGUCCUGACAUUAUUAUUGUUGGAAUCCAGUACUAGUUGUAAAUUUUGGAGUAACUAUAGCCGCGAAUUAGUCGGAACACACGCGCUAUUUUUAGUACUGGUACAUCAGGACCACACUUUUAUGAUUUUAUUAUCAAAGGGCUAAUAGAAUGUUUUUCUUUUGUUUUUUUUAUAUAUAGGAGUACUAAUCAUCUCAAAUGUCUAUUUUUUUCUUGACUA